AUGACCCUCUCCGGCGGCGGCAGCGCCAGCGACAUGUCCGGCCAGACGGUGCUGACGGCCGAGGACGUGGACAUCGAUGUGGUGGGCGAGGGCGAUGACGGGCUGGAGGAGAAGGACAGCGACGCGGGCUGCGAUAGCCCCGCGGGGCCGCCCGAGCUGCGCCUGGACGAGGCGGACGAGGUGACGCUGGCUGCCCCCCACCAUGGGCAGCCUCAGCCGCCGCACCAGCAGCCCCUGGCACUGCCCAAGGAGGCCGCUGGAGCCGGGGCCGGGCCAGGGGUCGAGGCGGGCGCGUCCGAGGCCGACGGCUGCAAGGGCGGCGUUGGCGGCGAGGAGAGCGGCGGGAGCGGUGGCGGGCCUGGCUCGGGCAGCGGUGCGGCGGGAGGCCUGGCUCCGAACAAGCCCAAGAACAGCCUGGUGAAGCCGCCCUACUCGUACAUCGCGCUCAUCACUAUGGCUAUCCUGCAGAGCCCGCAGAAGAAGCUGACCCUGAGUGGCAUCUGCGAGUUCAUCAGCAACCGCUUCCCCUACUACCGGGAGAACGGCCGCUUCCCCUACUACCGGGAGAAGUUCCCCGCCUGGCAGAACAGCAUCCGCCACAAUCUCUCGCUCAACGACUGCUUCGUCAAGAUCCCCCGUGAACCGGGCAACCCGGGCAAGGGCAACUACUGGACCCUGGACCCGCAGUCCGAGGACAUGUUCGACAACGGCAGCUUCCUGCGGCGCCGGAAACGCUUCAAGCGCCACCAGCAGGAGCACCUGCGUGAGCAGACGGCGCUCAUGAUGCAGAGCUUCGGCGCCUACAGCCUGGCGGCGGCGGCCGGCGCCGCGGGGCCCUACGGCCGCCCCUACGGCCUGCACCCUGCGGCCGCGGCCGGCGCCUACUCGCAUCCUGCUGCCGCGGCAGCCGCGGCGGCGGCCGCGGCGCUCCAGUACCCGUACGCUCUGCCGCCGGUGGCACCCGUGCUGCCGCCCGCCGUGCCGCUCCUGCCCUCGGGCGAGUUGGGCCGCAAAGCGGCCGCCUUCGGCUCGCAGCUCGGCCCGGGCCUGCAGCUGCAGCUCAACAGCUUGGGCGCCGCCGCGGCCGCCGCGGGCACGGCGGGCGCCGCGGGCACCACGGCGUCGCUCAUUAAGUCCGAGCCGAGUGCGCGACCGUCGUUCAGCAUCGAGAACAUCAUCGGUGGGGGCCCCGCGGCGCCCGGGGGCUCGGCGGCGGGCGCUGGGGGCGCCGGGGUAACUGGGGGCACCGGGAGUAGCGGGGGCGGCGGGGCGGCGCAGUCCUUCCUGCGGCCGCCCGGGACCGUGCAGUCGGCAGCGCUCAUAGCCACGCACCAGCCUCUCUCGCUGAGUCGGACGACGGCGACCAUCGCGCCCAUCCUGAGCGUGCCGCUCUCUGGACAGUUUCUGCAGCCUGCAGCCUCGGCCGCCGCCGCUGCCGCCGCCGCAGCGCAGGCCAAGUGGCCCGCUCAAUAGGGACGUGCCGGUGGCCGGGAUGCAGGGCCCGGCGGCGGCCUCGAGCGUCGGCUGCAUUUGCAAGCUGCGCGCCCCGCCCCGCUCCUGGCCCCCCUGCCCAAUCCUGGACUUUGCCUCUCUUCCAU